AUGGCGAUGUUCCUGGUCAGAAAAUCAUUCUUAACCUGCCGUGUUUUCCUCUGUGUGUUCCUUUCAGAGGGCCUUGCGGUUGGAGUUGGAUUUGGGGCUGUAGAAAAGACGGCAUCUGCCACCUUUGAGAGCGCCAGGAACUUGGCCAUUGGAAUUGGAAUCCAGAACUUCCCGGAGGGCCUGGCCGUCAGCCUCCCCUUGCGAGGGGCAGGCUUCUCCACCUGGCGAGCCUUCUGGUUCGGGCAGCUGAGCGGCAUGGUAGAGCCGCUGGCCGGGGUCUUUGGCGCCUUCGCGGUGGUGCUGGCCGAGCCCCUCCUGCCCUACGCUCUGGCCUUUGCUGCUGGCGCCAUGGUCUACGUGGUCAUGGACGACAUCAUCCCCGAAGCCCAGAUCAGUGGCAACGGGAAGCUGGCAUCCUGGGCCUCCAUCCUGGGAUUUGUGGUGAUGAUGUCACUGGACGUGGGCCUGGGCUAGCUCUGGGUCACGACACCCCCCCGGAAGGACAGCACCAGACCUCGAUGGGACCACGAGCCUUUCUUCACAUUGAACUAUUGCUGCCUUCUCUCCCCUUCGUCCCACUGUCCGGAUGGGCCCUGAUUCUAAUAGAACUGUCUUUACUUUGUUCUUGAGGGAGAUGUCGGUUUUCUUUGGAAUCUCAAAGUGUCAUGG